AUGGCAUCGACAUCUGAUGCCAGACCACCGAGCAAUGCCACACCACUUGAUGAGGAAUGCGCAAUCUGCUUUGGGGAGAUAAUCCUCAGAUGCACGCUUGCUUGCAAACAUCAGUUUUGCUUUGACUGCUCCAAGACAUGGUUGCUUCAAGCUGGAAAUUGUCCAGUGUGCCGCGGUGAGGCUGAUGUGAAUAUUCUCAAUGAGCCACAGCAGCUCAACUUGAAAAUGGGUCUCCCAAAAGGCAGAAAAAGAGCUCACGACGCUCAAUCUGGGGAGGAAGAUGACAUGGAAGAUGUCAAGCCAAAUGUGGAGGAGCUCAAGGCUGCAAUGGCCAAAAAAAAGUUUGUGUCUACCACCAAUGCUAAAAUUUUCUGGCUCUACGAGACAAAGACUGGGGGAGCAUGGUGGAGAUUCAGUCUCCUUAAUGAGGAACCAAUGGAGGAAGCAUUCAAAGCGAAUCUUGGCACACUCGACAUGGAAAUUCUUGGAAGAAUGUACACCAUCAACUUCACUGAAAUGACUCAACGUCAAAAGCAGUAUCCGGAUAUCGUCAGAAACAUCAAGAGAGUCGACGAAGAGGAAUACGACCAAUUGAAAAUCAUUGGAAUCGGGGGCUGCGUGCAAAAGGAUGAUAAAGUAAAUCCAUGGAAUGUCGACUAA